UGCAGUCGAUUUACACUGAUCUGUGUCUUGUCAAGAUCUUCCCAGCAUAGCACUGAGUUCAUCAGGCAGUAUCAUAAUAACCCGUUACGAGAUCACUUUAAGAUAUGUUAUUGUUUGCUAACGUCACAUGAGCCAGCGGAACGACGAUUUGGUUAGCGGUAGACCAAACUUCAGAUCACAGAUGUGGUAAAGGAAGGAAGAUAUACGCUGAGCAUCUUUCAAGACAUCGUUGAAAUUUGGACUAGGUCUGAUCUAGAAUGUCCUGGCUGGCGAGGUGUACAUUCAUUUAAACACAUAGACAGCUAACGAUAAUGAUUUAUCUUCGAUAACAGCCAUUAACAGUCUCGUAAUGAGUAACACGUAGGUUAGCCUGCUAUGGUUCCUUCCUGAACUACUUAUCAAACACUUAGCUAUCUUAGCUAGCGAUCUAGGCAGCUAGCUACCCAAUAUUCAGUUUGUACGGUCUUCAAAACAACUGCAUUUCUGGGAUUUAUACAAGUGCCUUUGGUGCAUGUUAUCAAGAUAUGCUCUGCUUUGAGCUGCAUUGACACUCAGUCUUUGGAGAAAUAUGGAACUUUGUGCUGACAUGCAAAUGGAUCCGGACAAAGCACUGUGCCAAGCAGAGAACAGAGAGCAGCCUGCCUCCUCAGCUGCCCUAAUGCCUGGUGAUGAUGCUGCACUUCUGACACCUGGGAGAAUCACUCAGCGUGGAAAGGAAUCAGGAUUUCACACUCCCGCAAGAGACCUCCUAAUAAACCCCUCACUUAGCCCCAGGAUCAGCUGCAGCCAUGCUCUUGAACGAAAGGAAGAAAUCUUACCUCUCAAAGAGGACUCAGCUCACUCCAUAUCUAAAAGCAGGUCAGAGUCCAAACUCUAUAAUGGAUCAGACAAGGAAGUAGUAACUACAGGCAACAAACUCACCAAGAAAGAGUCUCUCAAGGUCCAGAAGAAGAAUUACAGAGAAGAGAAGAAGCGAGCAACUAAAGAGCUGCUUAGCACCAUCACAGACCCAUCUGUCAUUGUCAUGGCUGACUGGCUUAAGAUCCGCGGGACCCUGAAGAGCUGGACAAAAUUGUGGUGUGUGUUGAAGCCAGGUGUGCUGCUGAUCUAUAAGACCCAUAAGAAUGGGCAGUGGGUGGGCACUGUGCUGCUCAGUGCCUGUGAGCUCAUCGAGAGACCCUCCAAGAAAGAUGGCUUCUGCUUCAAGCUCUUCCACCCUCUUGAACAGUCCAUAUGGGCUGUGAAGGGCCCUAAAGGAGAGGCUGUUGGCUCGAUCAUACAGCCAUUGCCCAGCAGUCAUCUCAUCAUCCGUGCUGCCUCAGAGUCCGAUGGUCGCUGCUGGAUGGAUGCUCUAGAGCUGGCUCUGAAGUGUUCCAGUCUACUGAAGAGGACAAUGAUGCGGGAAGGCAAAGAGGAAGCAGGAGCCUCUGCUGAAAACACGCACAUCCAACUGUACAGUCUUCUCCGGGCACACAACUUGCAUGGCUUCCAGUUCAACGACAGUGAACACUUUAAAGAUUUGGACCUGUACUCAGAUAAAUCUGACCGAGAGAAUGAGCAGGAGGUGGAGGAGUGGGAGAAGAGCGAGGAGAGUGACAGUGACACCAGUGAACGACAAGAUGACUCGUAUGCUGACAUGGACAACACCGAGGCCCUACAGGAAACAAUUUACCUUGAGCAAAGCCAUGAGGAGCUGGGGGAGGCUGGUGAGGCAUCUCAGACAGAGACAGUGUCAGAGGAGAAUAAGUCUCUGAUUUGGACACUGUUGAAGCAGGUACGGCCGGGUAUGGAUCUGUCUAAAGUAGUGCUGCCUACUUUCAUCUUGGAGCCAAGAUCCUUUCUUGACAAGCUGUCUGACUACUAUUACCAUGCCGAUUUCCUGUCAGAAGCUGCAGUGGAAGAAAAUGCAUAUAACCGCAUGAAGAAAGUGGUAAAAUGGUACAUCUCUGGAUUCUACAAAAAGCCAAAGGGUUUGAAGAAACCGUACAACCCCAUAAUUGGUGAAACGUUUCGCUGCUUGUGGAUUCAUCCCAAGACCAAUAGCAAAACAUUUUACAUAGCAGAGCAGGUAUCUCAUCAUCCUCCAGUCUCUGCCUUCUAUGUCAGCAACAGGAAGGAUGGCUUUUGUCUUAGUGGCAGCAUCCUGGCCAAAUCAAAGUUCUACGGAAAUUCACUAUCAGCCAUUUUGGAUGGUGAAGCAAGACUGACCUUUCUGAAUCGUGGAGAAGAUUAUGUCAUGAACAUGCCCUAUGCACACUGCAAGGGUAUCCUGUAUGGCACAAUGACCCUAGAGCUUGCAGGACAAGUCACCAUCACCUGUGAAAAGACUGGGUAUAGUGCUCAGCUGGAAUUCAAAUUGAAGCCAUUUCUGGGCAGUAAUGACAGUGUGAAUCAGAUCAAUGGGAAGAUUAAACUUGGCAAAGAAGUGCUGGCUACACUGGAGGGUCACUGGGACAGUGAGAUCUUCAUAAAUGAUAAGAAGACAGGUGUGGUAGACACAUUUUGGAAUCCAACACCAGAGCUCCGGCAGUGCCGUCUGCCGCGUUGCACUGUGCCCCUCGAGGAGCAGGGCGAGUUUGAGUCUGAGAGGUUGUGGCAGCAUGUGACAAGAGCUAUAAACAAUAAGGAUCAGACUGAGGCGACUAAUGAGAAAUUCAUUCUAGAGGAGGCACAGAGAAAGUCUGCACGUGAGAGAAAGAUGAAAUGUGAAGAGUGGAAACCGGUGCUGUUUGAGCAGGAUACUGCCACAGGAGAGUGGCACUACCGAUAUGCAGAUACACGUCCAUGGGAUCCACUGAAUGAUCUGAUCCAGUUUGAGAAAGAUGGCUGUAUUCAGACUAAAGUGCGCCACAGAACGCCUAUGGUACGUUCAGCCAGUGUAGUUAGUCUCAGUGCCCAGCAGGGUUCCCGGAGGGACAAUUACCUGAGCCAGGUUGCGGGAUCAAAACGUAAGCACAAGCAGAGUGACCAGGCCAAAAGUCCAGAGAGUGGAGGCUCUUCUCCUGAACCGGACCAGCAUGACUCAUCUGGCAGUGAAAGGCACAAAAGCAAGCACAACAGUCGCUUAAGAAAAAAAGCCACAGACCUUUCAGAACUGCACUGUACUGUGGAGUCUAUCAGACAAACCCAAGAAGACAUUAACAGGAGUAUCUGUGCUUUGAGGAGUCGAGUGGCAGGUGAAUCAUUGAGUGAGACCACCUUCCUCACACAACGAGACUACAUCAUCAUCCUCUUUCUUGUCUGCAUACAGGUCUUCCUCAGCCUGCUCUUCAAAUAGUAGUGCAGUCAGCUGCUGUACAGAACUGAGAGGAGAGAGGAUUAAUAAUUAAACUCAUGAGGAACUAAUCACCCUCAUGUCACCAAUCCAUCUUUCUAUCCCCUUUUCUCUAUCACUCCAUUCCUCUCCUCAACCUCAGUCCUCAGCUCUCACCUUGUCCAAUUUGACUGAUUAUUUUACAGAUUCUUUUUUCUUCAGACUGCCAUUGUCGUAGCAAUGAAAGGUUUCUGCAUUUCAAUGAGAGGUGCUGGCAUGGCUGUUUAAUUCACAUGUGAACUUCAUUAUGGAGUGUGAAUGGACUGUUGUCACUACAGAAGAUGAGAAAUCUGCCACAGUUUGCAACAUCUCAACUUUGACAUUGUGUGUGUGUCUGUGUGUCUGUGUGUGUGUGUCUGUGUGUGUGUGUCUGUGUGUGUCUGUCUGUGUGUG